GAUCCGAUUAACACGCUCGCGAAUCGUUCACGCUGCUCAGUAAAACUCGUCCAAAACUCGCGAAAAGUUCUAAAUAUCAACGAAAAAGUUUAAGGCACAAAAAUCUUGGUUUUUGGUGCUGAAAGUUUUCGUUUCGCUAAAAUUAGUUUCGCGUUUAAGGAUAUCAAAUAAAAAAGCCAAAUGUUUAAAUUUAUGUUGCCCAUAAUUGUGUUGAUUGCCUCAUGUCUCGGCAGUCCGGUGAGCCAAACCCGUCGGUUCCCUAACGACUUUCUCUGGGGCGUUGGAUCAUCUUCAUACCAGAUAGAAGGUGGCUGGAACGCAGAUGAUAAGGGGGAAUCGAUCUGGGACUUUCUCACCCACACACAUCCCGAGAAGAUAGUCGAUCAAUCAAACGGCGAUAUCACGGCGGACAGCUAUCAUCAGUGGAAACGAGAUGUGCAAAUGGUCAAGGAACUGCACGCUGGAACCUACCGCUUCUCCUUGUCUUGGCCCCGAAUUAUGCCCGGUGGCUAUAUGAAUCACGUCAGCACGGCUGGCAUUAAAUACUACUCGAACUUGAUUGACGAGCUGCUCCGGUACAAUAUCACUCCGAUGGUGACGAUUUAUCACUGGGAAUUGCCGCAAAAGCUGCAAGAGCUAGGCGGUUGGACCAAUCCGGAAAUCAUACCGCUGUUCAAGGAUUAUGCUAGGUUGGUGUUGGAAAUGUAUGGUGAUCGGGUGAAGAUCUGGACCACCAUCAAUGAGCCGUGGCAUGUGUGUGAGCAUGGUUAUGGAGUGGAUUAUAUGGCUCCGUCUUACAAUUAUCCCGGCAUUCCCGCCUAUCUGUGUGGUCACAAUUUGCUGAAGGCCCAUGCCGAGGUGGUUCACAUGUACCGGGAACUCUUCCAGCAGCGACAAGGUGGACGCAUUGGCAUAACUUUGGAUACUUCCUGGCCAGAGCCCAGGGAUCCCAAUUCCGCUGAGGAUCGCGAGGCCUCCGAGCGUGCCAUGCAGUUCUAUGUGGGCUGGUUUGGUCAUCCUAUCUUCUCCAAGCACGGCAAUUACCCUAAGGUGAUGAUCGAGCGAAUUAGGAAUCUGAGUAAGGAGCAAGGAUUCGGAGUUCGAUCUAGACUGCCUGAGUUUACCACUGAGGAGAUUCAUCGCAUCCGUGGCACCUCUGAUUUCUUUGGCAUCAAUUCGUACACCAGCAACCUGGUCACCUCCAAUGGACAUAAUAACACCGGCAAGUUCCCAGUUCCUUCAUUCAAUCAUGAUAUGGGAGUGGUGGAGAGCCAGGAGGGCGUCGACUGGCCCGGUUCAGGAUCUGUUUGGCUUAAGGUCUAUCCCAAGGGAAUGUACAAUCUGUUGAUGUGGAUACACCGGGAGUACAAUGCACCCGAGAUUAUUGUGACGGAGAACGGAGUCAGUGAUCGUGGUGGUCUCGAGGAUUAUGCUCGUGUGGAUUACUAUAAUUUGUAUCUGUCAGCAGUACUGGAUGCCAUAGAGGAUGGUGUAAAUGUUAGUGGCUACAUCGCCUGGAGUCUGAUGGAUAGUUAUGAGUGGAAGGCUGGCUUCUCGGAGAAAUUCGGGCUCUAUCAUGUGGACUUCAAUUCGCCGGAAAGAACGAGAACUCCCAAGAUUUCGGCACGAGUUUUUGCCAAUUUGUGUAAGACUAACACCAUCGAUUGGAGCUACAGACCGAAGCUAGAUGAGGAACAGCAACUGGUGGCCAUGGCUCAGUUGCCAGCUGAGGAUCAGAUGGCCAGGACAAGUGGUGCUAGUGGAGCUGUUAGUUGGAGCCUGAUGGGUCUUCUUCUCUUGGCUCUCUUGAGAUAAAUGAUUAGUUGAGAGGAAGAGCCUUGCCAUACUGAACUUGUCGAUGACAAGUAUUGAUUGCUACUCGUAGCCCUAAGUUUGUCUAACCUUUAAAGUAAUGUAUUACGUAUAGAUGUUUUAAUUUGUACUUAGGCUUAAAGACUCGAAACUGAAUAAAACUUUUUUGUGAUAUUAA